GUAUCCCUUUUGUUCUCUCUCUGGGUUGAAACUGUGAGGCCAUAUUUACAGACAGUGGAUGAGUGGAUAGUCCAUGGUAAUUUAUUUGAUCCUGCAAAGGAAUUCAUUAUUCAGAGAAACAAAAAUGUUCCAGUUAAUCACAGAGAUUUCUGGUAUGCCACCUACACAUUAUAUAGUGUGUCAGAAAAGACGGAGAAUGAAGAGAAGAUGAGUGAUAAUGCCAGUGCCAGUUCUGGCAGUGAUCAGGCCCCUUCAAGCAGACAGCACACCAUGGUCUCUUUUCUGAAACCUGUGCUAAAGCAAAUUAUCAUGGCCGGAAAAUCCAUGCAGCUGUUGAAGAAUCUUCAAUGCAAAGAUGGCUCUCCACAGCAAGCGGCGUCAAGGGAUGCUGAACGAAAGAGUUUAUACACACUGUUCUUGGAAUCGGUACAGUCUCGCCUGCGGCACGGGGAAGAGUCUGUUCCUGACACUAUUACAGAACAGCAGGCCACAAAGCAGAGCCUGAUAAAGAUGCAGUCUAUAGCAGAAAGACACUUGGAACUGGAUGAUGUCCAUGACCCGCUGCUGGCUAUUAAUUUUGCCAGACUGUAUCUGGAACAGAGUGACUUCCAUGAGAAGUUUACUGGUGGGGAUGUCUCUGUGGAUAGAUCCUCAGAAUCUGUGACCUGCCAGACUUUUGAACUGACACUGAGGUCUUGUCUUUAUCCACACAUAGACAAGCAAUACUUGGAAUGCUGUGGGAAUCUGAUGCAAACUUUAAAGAAGGAUUAUAGGCUUGUAGAAUAUUUGCAAGCAAUGAGAAACUUUUUCUUACUUGAAGCUGGAGAUACCAUGUAUGACUUCUAUACAUCUAUUUUUGACAAAAUUAGAGAAAAGGAAACUUGGCAGAAUGUUGCUUUCUUAAAUGUUCAGCUACAAGAAGCAGUUGGACAACGCUACCCAGAGGACAGCGCAAGGUUGUCUAUAUCAUUUGAGAGUGUUGAUACAGCAAAGAAGAAACUCCCUGUCCACACCUUAGAUGGUCUGACAUUGAGUUACAAGGUUCCUUGGCCUGUGGAUAUAGUUAUAAGUUUAGAGUGCCAAAAAAUUUACAAUCAAGUUUUUCUGCUCUUACUGCAAAUAAAGUGGGCCAAGUAUAGUCUAGAUGUUUUACGAUUUGACGAACUAGUCUCUGCUGCAGAAAACCCACAGGUUAAGGAAGGAACUUUCUUAGAACAAGGAACACGUCCUCUGUUUGGACCACAAACAGAAAGCAUAAAACAACAAAUACAUCGCAUGUUCCUCUUAAGAGUGAAACUUAUGCAUUUUGUUAACAGCCUGCACAACUACAUCAUGACAAGGAUUCUUCACAGUACAGGCUUGGAGUUUCAGCAUCAGGUAGAAGAAGCCAAAGAUUUAGAUCAAUUGAUAAAGAUUCAUUACAGAUACCUAUCCACAAUUCAUGAUCGCUGCUUACUGAGAGAAAAGGUGAGCUUUGUGAAAGAAGCUAUAAUGAAGGUGUUGAACUUAGUACUGAUGUUUGCAGACCGUUGGCAGGCUGGUUUGGGGGCUUGGAAGAUGGAAUCCAUAGAGAAGAUGGAAUCUGAUUUUAAAAACUGUCACAUGUUUCUUGUAACUGUUCUCAACAAAGCUGUCUGUCGAGGCUCUUUUCCUCACCUGGAAUCUUUAGCUUUGUCACUGAUGGCUGGCAUGGAACAAAGUUAAUACCUGAGUCUGCUGAAUUAAUGAAGAACUGAAAGCAGCCUUUAUGUUGAAA